AUGAGGGCAUUCCCAAAAUUCGUGUUCAAGUAUACCAAGGAGAUCGAACUUGAAAUCGACAUACUACCACCACACGUUCUCACAAAGUUGUACAACUUUGUGCUUCGGCCUCUGCGGCAUACCAACACAGGAAAUGGCAAGGGCAUGGGUACUGGUGGCCUUAAACAGAAGGGCAUGGAUGAGACCACUGAAGCUGAGAAGAUCCACAAGCUGGGGGAGUGA